UCUAGCCCAAACACCACGAAAAAAUACUACACUGAAAAAAGUAUCAGUUGGUAAAAGUUGUGUCGGGUUUGAAUGAAGAGAUCGUUUGAAGAUUGGAAGUUUGCAGAGACGAUAAGCCACGGCAGUUUACUUAAAGGAAGUUCCAAAACAUCUAACUCUAACUCACCAAUGACAAGCUAUUGAUAGCUCGUUUUGUGUUCGUUUUUGGUUCUUCGUCAAGACUAAUUUUCACUGAACUCACCAUAAUAUGUCUGACUCUAUCAUGCUGACAUCUGAACAUCAGUUGGUAUCCUGAGGAGGCAGCUUUUGCAAUGUCUAUACUUUAUUACCUACUGGUUGCCAGAACAAGGCAUUAUGAGCAAGAAAAGCAUUACUGUAGCCAGCAGCCUGUAAGCGAUCAUCCAUUGAGAGUUGGAAAAGUCCUUACUGUUGACAAAAGUUCCAAAGCACCCAAACCUGCCGCUGCCCCUAAAGAUGAUCCUCUAACUGUGACCAGUAAGGGUGACAAUUUUGACGGGCUUGACCCUCUCUCCAUGUUUGUUGCUGAGGAGGCUGCAACAAGAAAAACACCCAGCUCCGUUGUGGUUCCAACUGUCAGAGAAAGGGAUGACUCCUUGAGUGGUAUGAGAGAUGCAGUUGAUUCUGGUGAUGAUGACACGUUUGAGCCAUGGUCCAGUAAAAAGACAGGUAUCCUGGCAAAAUAUACCACAUCAGAGAAACUCUCCAUUACCACAAGUUUCCUGUCAUCAUCUGACAAGGAUAAAAUUGUUAUCAAGCAACAAACUACAGUUGUGGAUAAAGUAAAGCAUAGACUUGAACAGCUUGAUGACUUCGAAGAGGGUUCUGUGAAGGAAAUGUUAAACCUUAGCCAGCAAGACUAUGUUAAAAGGAUUGAAGAGCUAAAUCAGGCACUGAUAUCUGCUUGGGAAAGUGACCAAAGGGUGAAAGCUUUAAAGAUAGCAAUCCAAUGUGCAAAACUGCUGGCAGAUACUUCUGUUAUCCAGUUUUAUCCUAGCAAAUUUGUUCUCGUUACAGACAUUCUGGACACAUUUGGACGACUAGUGUAUGAGCGACUUCAUAGAAAGUCCAGUAUGUUCACACCCGGUAGUUCUGUACCAGUGAUGCUACCAGAAAAGUUCACCCCUGACCAAGUGCCACAAUCAGCAAAGGAGACAUGUCGAAACUGGUUCUACAAGAUCGCCUCUAUCAGAGAACUUGUCCCCAGAUUCUAUGUUGAGAUUGCAAUUCUUAAGUGCUACAACUUCCUCACCCAAGGGGAGUUUUCUCAAGCUCUUGUUCGACUGACCAAAAUGCUCCGUGGUGUUGGUGACCCCCUGGUGGCAAUAUACGCCAGAUGCUAUAUUUGCAGGGUCGGAAUUCUUGUUGCUCCAGAUGUAAAAGAGCACUUGAUUGAGAACUUGUACAGCUUCAUUACAUGUUAUAAGCAGCUGCAGAGUGACACUGUACAAAACACACUCGCAGUUCAGCGUCUAGAGAUGCAUCAAUACCUCCAGCUGUACCCUCCUGCACUAGACUGGGUUCUGCAAUGUGUGGCACACGGCACGCCAGAGAGCACUCUGACAGACAUUUUGGAACGCUGUAAAGAGGAAUGCAACAGUGCGCUGCUGUUGAACUCUAUCAUCCUCGCGUUCAAGCCAGAGUACAUCACACAAAGGGCGCUACUGUUUACAGAUCUGAUUAAGAAUUGUGAAGAAGCUGGUUUUCCAAAGCAUCACCUGUAUCGUUCCCUUGGUCUGAACCUUAUCAUUUGUGACCCUCCAGAAGAACAGAAGCUCCCUAUACUCAGUGAGGUGUGGAAGGUUGUUAUGAAAUUGAAAAAUCCUGGAGAGUACAUCAGCUGUGCAGAAGUCUGGGUUGAGUACCCAUGCAGGCAUUUUACGAAACGCGAAAUAAACACCCUUAUUGGAGAUGUGAUAAAGCACAUGUUGCCUGAUAGGGCAUUUGAGCAGUUCUACCCUCAGCUGUUGUCAAUUGUGUCCAAAAUUCUCGAUAAUGUGCACGACUUCUCAGUCCUUGUGUCCAUGGACAAGUUCCUUCCAUUCUUGGACAUGUUUCAGAAGGAGUCCAUCAAGGUGGAUGCGUGCAAAAUGAUUAUGGAAGCUUUUGUCAAAUACCAGCAUGAGCCAACGACAGAUCCAAUGGUGCAGAAUGCCCUGAUGUUCGUUUGCAAAACGCUCCAUGACUCAGUAAAUGCUCUUACAAUGGAAGAUGAACGUCGAGUCAUUGGCAACCUCAUCACUGGAUAUCUGAAGAAGACUGAUUUUGGUCGUGACUUUGAGAAACAGUUGGACUUCUACGUUGACACUAGAGCAAGUUUCUCCAAUCUUGACGCUGUGCUUGUCACGUUGGUACAGAGAGUUAAUUUUCUGGCCAUGAGAACUCGUGACAUCGUCAAAGGAAAUCAUUCCAGGAAGACAGCUUCUUUUGUUCGGGCAUGUGCAGCAUAUUGCUUCAUAACCAUCCCGUCAAUCGAGGACAUUUUCACAAAGCUUCAACUUUAUCUGUACUCGGGGCAAGUUGCAUUAGCAAAUCAAGCUCUCAGCCAAGCGGAUUCCUUUUUCAAGGCUGCCAUUAGCUUAGUACCAGAUGUUCCUCGAAAUCUUGAGGUGGAUAGUAAACUGAAGGCAUCUGAACCGUACCUCAUCAAUUUCCUGAACAACUUCUUAUCCACACUUCUAGUAGUACCGGAUAACCCUGAGACGGGGGUCUUGUAUCUCGUAAGGGGUCUGCUCGAUGUUGUCACAGACUUCUCCUGGGAACUGAACAGCGAUGCCAAGAUGAGUUUGUACUUGAAUGCUAUUUGUCUGUUGUCUGCUAUGUGUCAGGAUACCUACUUGUAUCACAUUGACAAAGUUGAUUCUAAUGAUAAGCUCUACGGUGGGGACAAGAAGUUCAUUGCUGAAGUAUGCAAGACGGUAGCAACACUAACAGAAGCGAUUUUUGAGCAUCUAAAAACUCUCACUUCUGGUGAGGGUCUUAAAAGACAGGCAGCAAUUGCCCUUGGAUUCUUCAACAGACUUAUCUGUCAUGCUGAUCUCACCAACCCAGAGCUGAUGACCCUUGCUCAAAACCUUUGGAAUCUAGCCCAGAAACAUGGCUAUGGAGGCACCAAGUACAUGGUACGUACUCUAGAUUAUAUCAAGCAGAGAGGUGGAUCUGGACACCCUGGUUUUGCGGAUUUGGCCAGGAAAAUGCCCCUUCAGACGAGAACAUAAGUCUCUUCACACGCAUGAUUAGGAAACAAGCUCAAAAUGAAUACCAUUUUAGAUAGAACUGAAACUGUCUUUCCAAGAUGAUUAGGAGAUUUCAAAAGACAUUUCACUCGAGAUUAAAAAUGCCCAAUAUCUCAUACGCAAAAAAAUAUCAAGGAUAGAAACUUUUUGACAUGCCCCCCCCCCCCCCCAAGUAUUUUUAAAAAUUAUUAGGAAAUGGCCAGUGGAGGCGUGGCUGCGCCCCCCUCCUCAAUAUGUUCCUAAUGUUUCUGUAUCGUGCCCCCCAAUAAUUCGAGGUCUGCUACGGCUAUGGAAACUGUGAAAACAGUGUGUCUAGAUUGAGUGAAAUAUCCAAUCAGACCAAUGUUGAAAGUCUAAAAGAUCAGACGUUUUUUUUUUCUUUUGGAGUAAAUGCUGAAAUAUUACCUUAUCACAUUUGAAGCAAAAAUACAUUUACAAUAUUUCAUAGAAUUUUAACCACAAUUACAAUUUUACUAAUAAAAUUCCAAUCCAG